ACACCCCCCACAACCACUCUCUCUUCACUCUCACUCACUCACUCACUCACUCUCUUUUUUCUAAUUUUUUGCUUGCCUUCAUUUUUUAAUUUUUUUUAUAUAAUUAAUUAAUUAAUACUAUAAUACUACUAUUUCAUCUUCACUUCCUUUCUAACCGGAUCACUGAAUCUCGAUGGAUGGAUGGAUGGAUAAGUAAAGCUACAUUCAUUUAUUCAUUCAUAAAGUUUUUCAUUAAUUAAUUAAUUAAUUAAUUAAACCGGUGAUUAAAUUUGGUAAUUAUUGUGAAUUAGAAGCGAUGUUAUUGUUAAGUGAUAAUAAUGAAUGAAUCAUCAUAGAUUCAAGAAAUGGGAUGUGUGAUUAGUCACCAAUCCAAAUCUGGAAGAAUAUCUCAAAACAAAGUUGAUGGAGGAUCCACGUCGACGGUGAAGAAGAAGAAGAAGAAGAAUGGUGUGAGGGACAAUGCUGAUGAUGAUAGGGUUCAACAACCGUCUCAAGGUGGCGAAACUAGAAGAAGAUCAAAACCGAAUCCAAGGUUAAGUAAUCCACCUAAGCAUUUACAUGGUGAACAGGUUGCUGCUGGAUGGCCACCUUGGCUCACUGCAGUUUGUGGUGAAGCUCUUAGUGGUUGGAUUCCGCGAAAAGCCGACACAUUCGACAAAAUUGAUAAGAUUGGGCAAGGAACUUAUAGUAAUGUGUACAAAGCUAAAGACUCGUUGACUGGUAAAAUUGUUGCUCUGAAGAAGGUUCGAUUUGACAAUUUGGAACCUGAGAGUAUUAAAUUCAUGGCUAGAGAGAUUCUUAUUCUGCGAAGGUUGGAUCAUCCAAAUGUUAUUAAGUUGCAAGGUUUAGUUACAUCAAGGAUGUCCUGUAGUUUGUAUUUGGUGUUUGAUUACAUGGAGCAUGAUUUAGCUGGACUUGCUGCAAGCCCGGUAAUCAGGUUUACACAGCCUCAGAUAAAAUGUUACAUGCGUCAGCUGUUAUCGGGACUUAAGCAUUGUCAUAACCGUCAUGUACUUCACCGUGAUAUUAAAGGAUCAAAUCUUCUUAUUGACAAUGAAGGAAUACUUAAGAUUGCUGACUUUGGAUUGGCAUCCUUUUUCGAUCCAAACCAUAGGCAUCCGAUGACUAGUCGUGUAGUAACACUUUGGUAUCGGCCUCCUGAGUUGCUUCUUGGUGCCACAGAUUAUGGUGUGGGUGUAGACCUUUGGAGUGCUGGAUGUAUUCUAGGAGAGUUACUGGCUGGAAAACCAAUUAUGCCCGGCCGUACAGAGGUGGAGCAAUUGCAUAAGAUAUACAAACUAUGUGGUUCACCUUCUGAUGAAUACUGGAAGAAAUCAAAGUUGCCCAAUGCUACCUUGUUUAAACCUCGAGAGCCAUACAAGAGAUGCAUAAGAGAGACAUUCAAAGCUUUUCCACCGUCUGCUCUACCCCUUAUUGAUAAUCUUCUUGCAAUUGAUCCUGUAGAACGGAAAACUGCAUCGGAUGCUUUAAGAAGUGAGUUCUUUGCCACAGAACCGUAUGCUUGUGAUCCUUCUAGUCUUCCAAAAUACCCCCCAACCAAAGAAAUGGAUGUUAAAAGACGGGAUGAUGAAGUGAGGAGACAAAGAGCUGGAAGCAAAGCUCAGGUUGAUGGUUCAAAAAAGCAUCGUAUACGUGAAUGUGUUGUGAAAGCUAUGCCUGCUCCCGAAGCCAACGCCGAGCUUCAAUCCAAUAUUGAUCAGAGAAGACGUCUAAUCGGUCAUGCAAAUGCCAAGAGCAAUAGUGAAAAGUUUCCUCCACCACAUAAAGACGGACAAUUUGGCUUUCCUUUGGGAUCUUCGCAUCAUAUUGAUCCAGAUACCAUUCCUACCGACGUAUCUUUCAUUUCAACCAGAUAUACCUAUUCAAAGGAACCAUUCCAAGCUUGGUCGGGUCCAAUUGGUAAUGCUGCUGAUAUUGGAGUGCCGAAGCGGAAGAAACACACUGCAGGAGAGGCAUGGGAUUUAUCAAAACCACAAAAAAGUGCCUCCAAGGAUACAUUUAAAGGAAAAGGAAUUAUAGUUUAGAUAUUUAGUACAUUCUUAUAGAGCCAAUUUAAGAAUCUGCCUCUGCUUCCUCAUUUUUGGAUGCCUACCCACUUGCUGAGCAAAAUGUCCACUUCCUGAGUAUAAGAUAAUUGCUUAUCAGGUAGUGAUUUUUUUUUUUUUUUUUUACAGCCAUCAGCAAAUGAUGAUAUAAGAAUAAUAUUUCACCGUCUUUAAUUACAUCUUCAAAUUAUACCCCAUA